AUGACUGUGCGUUCUUUCAAAAAAGACAUUUUUGUCACUUACAGGCCAUCCUACGCUUGGAUGCGAGCGCUUUCCGUUCGACAGCCAUUGCCUCGACAAAUGUCGCUGUCAUUCGAACAAUGGAGCCCUGAAGACAUAUCGACGUCACUGACACAUAUUGACUACAAGGCUCUUAGUAGGAUUUCUAUAAUUGAACUCAAGCAAUAUGUUAAAGACGGGUCACCAGCAAAUACACCUAUGCUGGAGAGAUCAAUAUCCAUAUUUAACAAUCUUUCGAAUUGGGUUCAAAUCAUGGUGCUGAGCAAAACAACGCCAAAGGAACGGGCCCUACUUGUCACAAAAUUCGUCAAUGUAGGCAAGCAUUUGCGAAAAUUAUGCAAUUUUAACACGUUAAUGGCGGUAAUCGGUGGUAUUACACACAGCAAUAUUUCUCGGCUUUCAAAGACGAAUUCGCAAAUAGCAUCUGAAACUAGGAAGGAUUUAAAUCAACUCACAAACUUGUUAUCAGUUCAGUCCAACUUCGGCGAAUAUCGAAAGGCUUUGGCUGCGUUGGGUGUAAAGUUUAGGAUUCCGAUAAUAGGCGUUCAUUUAAAGGAUCUGGUCGCCGCCACAUGUUGUGGUGAAGGCUUUGACAAAACGCUGACGAUCAGUUUAAGAAGGUUGCAUCGCUUAGGUACGUUGCUCUCACAUUUCAUGAUCUUCAAUCAACGGCAGCACAAUUUUCCGGAUGCGAACCUCGACCUGAUCAACACCUUGAGGGUGUCGUUAGACAUUCGGUAUAAUGAGGAGGACAUCUAUGAGCUGUCUGUUCGACGAGAGCCGCGCACUUUAAUGACGUUUGAAUCGAACACACCGGUGGUGUUUGCCGAAUGGGCGUCUGGCGUAUCGGCGGCACUCGAUCCUGAGACGGUGAACAAGCAUGUGUCAGCGAUGGUCGAUGCGGUGUUUAAACACUAUGAUCAUGAUCGCGAUGGUUACAUCAGUGAAGCCGAAUUUCGACAAAUUUCCGGAAAUUUUCCGUUUAUCGAUCCGUUCGGAACAAUAGAUCUGGACAGGGAUGGUCAAAUAUCGAAGGAGGAGCUGAAAACGUACUUUGUUAAGACGAACAAUGAUUCCGUCGAUUUUCGUCUUGGAUUCAAGCACAAUUUUCAUGAAACUACUUUCCUGACGCCAACUUCGUGUAGUCAUUGUAAUCGUCUGUUGUGGGGUUUGAUCCGACAAGGUUGGAAAUGCAAGGAUUGUGGUUUGGCAGUACAUUGUGAAUGCAGAGCAAAUGCAGUAGCCGAAUGUCGUAGGAAAUCUUCGCUGGUGGAUUGGAUUACACCGAAGACCGAUGUGGCAAGGACGAAACUGUUUUCAAGCUAUAUCAAGAGCCGAGGACUAUCACCAGACGACGAUCAUGGCUUGGCCAGCUUAGCAUGCGAGGAGGUGUUCGAUGACGAUUCAAGUAGUGUAUGUGAAAAUGGCACCUGA